GACACGCUAAGGAGUUCCUGAUACCUCACUUCGACCUGCAUUUGCGUUUUCUUGAAGCCCUAAACUCUAGAAACCCUAGAAAUUUGCAGAAACCAAUCAAGAAGAGGCCCAGACCCAAGAAAUCCAGAUCUCUCUGUCAUGGCGAUCCUUGGAGUGUGGGCGUGCUAUGUGAUUUGACAAUUCGAAACUAGCAAUUAGGAAACCUCUGAUGUCUUCACGGCGAUCAUUGGAGUGCCGAGGUGCUCUGCCAAUUGAGCUUUAGAAUCCCUGGUAAUGGAGAAACCUCGGAAUUUCGAGGCUCAACCCUUGAACCAUCGAGCUCUUUCAUUGUAAUGAGUUAUUCUUCAUUAGCACCAGAAAUUUUCGGGAAGUCUAGAAUUUAAGAAGCCCGAGAAGUUCACGGACUUUGUAAUUGGAGAAACCAUUGAAAUCUCAAGCACUUACAUUGUGAUUAUCAGAUUUUUUGUGAAAAUUCUCCUUCUUAAGUGCUAUAAGUUUGGGAAACCCUAGAAUCUCUUCUUUUUGAGUAGGUGAGAUGGGAUUUGAACUCGCGACAGUGUUGCUAUAGCCAAUGCCCAAAUCCCUGGAACUCUAGAAAUCUCUACCCUUUUAUGGCGAUUCUGCAAUUUCUUAUUCAGAAACCUUAGAAGACACUAGAAAGCUGCGAUGGCAAUUAUAGGCGACGCUUUGCGCCAGGCUUUCAUGCCAAAGCACGAGUAUGAAAGCCUCAGAGAAGAAGAGAAGGCAUGGGGUCGAUUACAAAGGCCUGUGGUCAUGGUAAUGGUGACGAUCUUGUGGCUCUGUGUUGUGGUUUCUUCAGUUAUUAGCCUGAACAUUGUUUUUCCACCAAAUGGAGAGAGGCCUUUUUGCCAUGAUCGUAGGCUUCAGAAGCUUCCUGUUAUGCCAGAAAAUGGGACUCAGGUCUCUGAUCUCUUUCCCGGAGCUUAUUAUUUGACAGAGGAGGACGCAGCUCAGUUUUAUUGGAUAGUGGUGUUUAUACCCUCUGCAAUUGUGUUCGUUUGCUCCCUCCUCUAUCUUCUUGCUGGGAUAGCGGUUGCUUACUCUGCUCCUAUGAGACAUGGAUGCAUUAGGGUGGUGGAGAAUAAUUACUGUGCUUCAAAGAGAGGCGGGGUUCGCUGCCUAUCUAUACUAAACAUCACAUUUGCCAUAAUUUUUGGCCUCCUUGCUACAUUCCUUGGCUCAAGCAUUCUCACCCUAGGCAGCAGCUGCUCAGCCGCUCUCUUUUGGUGCUAUGAGAUUGCUUGUUGGGCUCUCGUUGUCCUAUAUGGGGGCACAGCUCAUUUCUUGAGGAGAAAGGCAGCCUUAAUACUUGAUGAAGGUGAGUUCUCCGGCAACCGAAACGGUGGUGUCGAGAUGCUUGAGGCUCCACCAGUGCUGGUUACACCAGAGAUGGAGAGGAGGGUUAAUGAAGGUUUCAAGGCAUGGAUGGGUUCGUCGCUUCUCUCUUCGGAUGACGAGGAAGAUGAUGGGCUGGAAUGGGAGGGUGGAGAUUUUAAAGAGCGAGGCAAUUCGGGAAGGCUAAGAGCAUAGAGUUAAACUUAGUUUGUGGGCUAUAAUAUCCCUAUGUCUUUCGCUCUCUGUUUUUCUGUAUGCUCCUUUUCUCCCUUCGCCUGUUGAUCUUUUUGUGCGUCGUAACUUUCGACUGUGGUGGGAUAUCAAGAAGGUCUAUCCUGCUGUUGGAUGAGAGAGAGAGAGAUGGAUGAUUGUGAAUGUCUAGAGAGAGAGAGAGAGGGAGGGAUAAUUGUGAAUGUCUAGAGAGAGAGAGGGGUGGAGAAAGAGAGAGAGGGUUGGAUAAUUGUGAAUGUCUAACACGCUAAUGCCAUUGUUUUAAUUAGUUGCGGAAGAAUGAUAUUGUUUAAGUCUCUUUGUAGAACCUGCUCUGUAAAGAAAAAAGUUCACAUAAGGUGGCAACCUUAUACUGUACAAGUAAGGUGCACUUCAAAACUCAUCAGAAAAAGUUGUUUAGUCAUGAGAAAACCCUUCGAUUGAUCCUCUCCA